AUGCCGUCUCUCCUUGACUUCUUCGAAACCCGUCGUCCUGCCCCGAAGCGAGUGAGACUGUCGGAUGAAGGGCCUCAAGACUCCACACUAUCGUCGGAUGGAUCUCACAGUACAGAUAGACCGAAAUCCGAAGACUCUCCUGCCCCGCUUAUAGGUUCUGAGCACCUCACGCUGCUUGCCGAUGCCACAGUUGGAAACGAUGUCGGGAACGAGGAUAGCGGUCUUCCGAAAGGAAGCCAGACAGAGUUGGAGACUUCCCUCCCAUUGAUUGAGACCGGCCAAGAAGCCAUCGAGCAAUACGAAUCUUCAAAAGCAACGGCAUUUGAAGAGAAACAGCCCACUCUCCAGCAAAGAUUAGGGGAAAGAAAAUGGCAAAAAGGAAGAAGCUCUAUCUAUGUGGACGCUUUCAACCUUGCCCUGGAGACAGUUUUAGAGGACGAGGCUCACUUAUUCGACGAGCCAGAGUUAGAGGUAUUUAACAAAUGGAAAAAUUUGAGCUUCGAGGCUCAGUACUUAUACGUGCGCCUGUUUCUUCGCAAGACCGCCGCGUGGCAUCGAAUAAACAGGCUAGGGUACUACCAAGACAUUGCUGAUAUGCCCCAAGCAGUCGCUGAUCUUAGACAUGUCCAUGCCCUUCCGCCAUCAACAUCACCAGGAUACGAAAACCUAACAACAUCCAAACCACCCACAGAAAAUAAGCUUGACUCCUCGUUCAGAUUCGCGGAAGGAAUUGAACAAAUAAAUACACUGGAGGAGGCUUUGUCGUUGUUGCUACUUGAUGAACUCAAAACGCUAGCCAAAGAAGCCAAAGUGCAGGGAAAGAACAAGGCUGAGCUCUUAAUGGCACUUCGACAAGCUAGCCAGACCCAAGGCGGGCUUGCAUGGGAUAGCGAUAACUGUAACAGGGAUGACCAUUUCCAACAAAAGAUUCUAGAUAUUACUGGAGACUGUAUCAGACUUUCUCCUGGCCCUUUGAAGCUUUUCGAGAGAGUACAUCUGGUCUUUUAUCGUUCUACCGAAUGGACAGAAAAAUCGCUUACUACCAUUAUCUUGGCCAAAAUAUCACGAAAAAACUUUCCCGAAUAUAUUGUAUCACGAUCCACGUCGAUAUUCCCAUCGAGGGCGGCUUUACUCGAAUUCGAAGCGGCACUCAGAAUCCAGUUCGACAUUGACAACAUCUUGGAGUUUAGUGGGACACCAACUGCAGAGCGUCUGAAUAAAAUCAAAGAUUUAAGCGACAAUGUCUAUCCACGAUGGCAAAACUUACUGGAAGAGGAACAACAAAAAGAAGAUAGUAUCUACCUUAGUGGUGAAGGUGCCUACUUACGCCGCUUCUCUCCGGCAUGGGUAUACACUCGUAUUAUACACAAGGGUCUCCAUCCGCUCGCUCGCUUCAAAGAACACAAACGUGAACAUGAACUAUUAAUUGAAUUGCUCGCUCAAAGGUUCUUUCAUACUUCUCGGAGAGGGUCUUGGUACCAAAGGAAAGCCCUUUUAGAGGAGCAUUACAUGUGGGCUCUAACGCCGAAUGACGACCGGAGCGACGAGUCACAGAAAAAAUUCUGGAAAAGAGCUGCUUUGAAAACCUGUGAGACCGGGCUCCAGGAUCCGGACUGCCACAUCAUUUUCCACUAUGACCUGCAGAAGCGAGUCAUGAAGCUGGAGAAGUCACUCAAAGUAGUGAAGCGAGAGCAGCACGAUUUCGGGCACGUUCUCUUAGUCAAACCGGAAGAGCGAAAGAUUGAAGGUAUCCGCAUUGAGAAGGAAGAAGUUCUAACUAGAUCUGAACAAAAACCUAAUGGCGACACUUCUAAUGCGACAACGCGGCGUGGCCGCCCUACCGUCUGGGUUGACGAACGUGAAGACUCGGGAGAAUGCAGAGUUGAAAACAUGUGUCUUAGCUGGUACCGUGACAAUGGUUGGAAGGGCUAUCAUUCCGAAGGAGGGAUUGUCCGAACACUGUUUGGCUAUCUCUUCUACGACAUCCUGUUCACCUACGUGCCCAACGUUUUCCAAACGCCUUUCCAAACCUGCCCUCUUGAUCUUCACACGGAUGCCUUUUACCCUUCUCGCGCUUCUGAAAUCAACCAUCGACUCGUCCAGAUUGCCAAUGGCGAGGCCGAAUCCAUUGUCCUCGAUGUCCAUGAGCGUGAGUUCUCUAAACAAACAUGCGUUGUCGGGGUAGAUUGGACUUUUCCGAUCGAUGAUCUCGUCGAAAUUGUGCAGUGUUUCCGUGGUUUCGCUCUGGCUACGGUGUGCAAGGUCAUGGCACAGGAAUACCAGCAGCGAGGUGGAGGGAUCCCGGAUCUGUUCCUCUGGAGCACAGAAAAGAAAGAGGUUUUGUUUGUAGAGGUCAAGUCUGAAAAUGAUCGUCUGAGCGAUACGCAGAGAUUAUGGAUACAUGUUCUAACAGGAGCCGGGAUCAGGGUUGAGCUGUGCAACGCAGUUGCAAGGGAAGUGAGAUACGUGUGA